AAACAGCAAAAAAAAAAGGUUUUUUUUUUCCUCUUAGAAUUCAUCAGCACAGACUCGCAUGAAGAUUCUUCGUCAUCGAACCCACCAUUGAGAAGGUAUCUCCACCAAUGGGGAGAUUCAUAAGAAUAAGGAAUUCUCCGCCUCUCUGCGUGAGAUCGAAGCUCCUAUGCAUUUCUCUUCUGUAUCUGACAACGACCCUCCUCCUCUUCCUCUACGUAUCUCUCUCCAGAAACCGAUGCGUUUUCCGGUAUUCGCCGUUCGAUCCGGUUCAGACAAAGCUCUUCUCUUAUCCCCUUCUUCCCACUCACAGAUCCUCUUGUUCUUCCCCUCUCUUCUUCUCAGAUUAUUGGACAGUGCUGAAGGAGAUGGACGGUAUCCUUAAAAACUCAUCCUUGUCGGAGAAUCUGAGAUACAUGAAGGGGAAAAGUGAGAAUUUUGGAGGAAAUUUCAGCACCCAGAAGAGAUUUUCUUAUUUCGAUCAUUCAAAUCACGACGUCGAAGUUCCAUGCGGCUUCUUCAGAGAUUUUCCGAUCAGUGAUUCCGACAGAACCGAGAUGGAGAGUUGUGCCAUGGUUGUGGCAUCAGCAAUCUUCGACGACCACGACAAGAUCAGACAGCCGGUCGGACUCGGAGUCAAAACCCUAGAAACCGUAUGUUUCUACAUGUUCAUCGAUGACAAAACCCUAAACUCUCUCUUCCACCACGACUUGAUCCCCAAAAACCAUCCCGGAAACUACAGAAUCGGGGUUUGGAGGAUCGUCAAACUUGAUAAAUCCGAUAAUUUAUACGCUAAUCCGGCAAUGAACGGAGUGAUACCAAAGUACCUAAUCCAUAGAUUGUUUCCAAACUCGAGAUUCAGCAUAUGGGUGGACGCGAAAAUACAACUCAUGGUCGAUCCAUUUCUGCUGAUUCAUUCGCUUGUGGUGGUACCCGGGGCCGAUAUGGCGAUAUCUAAGCACCCGUUUUUCGUGAAUACGAUGGAAGAGGCGAUGGCCACCGCGAGGUGGAAGAAAUGGGGGGAAGUGGAUGGACUGGCGAGGCAAAUGGAGAGUUAUUGUGAGUUUGGUUUGAACCCAUGGAGCCCUGAGAAGCUGCCUUAUCCCACAGAUGUACCGGACAGUGCGUUGAUAUUGAGGAGACACGGGGAGAGGAGCAACCUAUUCUCGUGCCUCGUGUUCAACGAGUUAGAGGCAUUCAACCCAAGGGACCAACUGCCAUUUGCCUUCGUGAGAGACCAAAUGAAUCCUAAGGUCGGCGUGAACAUGUUCGAAGCUGAAGUCUUCGAACAAGUUGUCGUUGAAUACAGACAUAAUAUGAAGAAGACGAAGGACGCAAUCGAGCAAGAUGAUGACGUGGCAAUGACAAAGGCUCUGAAGAAGACGAGAAGAAGAUGGGCAGAUCACAAGUCUUGGUCGCUCGAUAGCAGUAGCUGCAAGAACUAUCUCACCGACAUGUGGGGUUGAAUGAAUGAAUGAAUCCCAUUUAUCUAUCUUUCCUCUUCUUUUAUUUAACUAUUUAUUGAUUU